CUUUCACUCGUCAUUUCCCGUAAAUCACUAACAACAAUCCUUGAGCUUCUUCAUUUUUCUCGAUGGCUGGAAGACCCAGACGAUCGUGCGAUGCCUGUAGCAGCCAGAAACUGCGAUGCUGUGGCCAGAAGCCCGCUUGCCAGAGGUGCAGGCGACUUGGCCGAGCUUGUAUCUAUCAGUCGAGGAGAGCAACAGCGUCGACGACGGCUAGAAGAGCCGCAGAAAUACCGAGCGCAGUCACCACUAGCGGAACCGGCCUUCAGUUACAGCCACCAUCAGGCUUCUCUCAGCCCUCAGUGUCGCGCCUUCACUUAGCCGAAAAGCGUUAUUUUGGUGUCCCAACUACCUUGCUUCCGGUAUUGAUAGACCUGUAUUAUAGCCAUCUGUACAAUGCUUCACUACUCUUGCACAGACCUUCCCUGAACCGCGCUAUCGAAUUGGACACAAUUCGCACUGACGUGCUACUCAGCAUCUGCGCCUUGGCCUCUCGGUUCUACACGGACUCCAAAGGUGCUGCAGUCCUAGUCGAGAGUCAAUUUGACCGUGAGUGGGCCGAAGCCGCGGGUCGGAUGGCCUUUCAAGAGGCGGAGUCGCCCAAUGGAGAAAAUGUCGUUGUAUUCAUCAACCUUGCUCUCUUCUGGUACAGCGUAGGUCAAUUUCGGCGGGCCAACAUGUUGUCGAGCUGUGCCUCGAGUACCACCUGGGUUCUAGGAGCUUCUGAUGAAGAGAGGCGGAAUAAGAGCCAUAUGGACUCUGAGAUGCAGCGACGCCGAUUCUGGGCCGCUUACUUACAGAGUACGUUUCAGGCUGAUAGUCCCUUCCCAAAAGUACCCACCGAGGGCAUGCUGCAUACUAUACUACCAUGCGGGGAGUCCGAAUUCCAAUUAGGGAGUCCUCGAUCUAGCAUCACUUUGAAAGAUACGGAAAGCACGAAGAGCAUCUACGCCGAGCUGGUCAGGGCCAUGUCUCUAUGGUCGUCGGUUGUCCACCUCAUAAAGCAGACAGGACUAAGCCUAGCAAGCCGUCUGGUCGAGAUACAAACAUUGGACAGUCGCAUUCAUGAGGCUUGGUCAAAGCUGGACCCUUCGUUUCAAAUGGAUAGCGCGGAGAUGGCUGCAGUACCUUUGCAAGAUCUGCCGAAGUUACUCUUGUUGCACGUGAUCUAUAAUCAAUGCCUGUGUUCCCUGCACUCGUCCAUCGUGCCACUGUUCUCCUGGAGCCGCUGUGAAGGUGUCUUUGCGUACGCGCAGCAAUUGUCCGCACAGACAGCCUUUGAGCACGCAAAUUCUGUAUCUAAACUGCUACAUGCAGCCUUGGAGCUGGACUGGGACGCUCGAAGGAUGCCGAGCUUUAUUGGAUAUGCUGCCUAUUCGGCUUGCGCAAUCCAGGCUCCCUUCUUGUGGUGCUCACAGCCAAUUGUGAAGCAGGGCGCCGUGCGCAAUGUUUUGGCCAACCUGAAGACGUUACAAAUACUGGGAAAGCACUGGGCCUUUUCAGAUGUUUUGGGCAAGUUUGCUUGUGGCCUUUACAAGGUGCAUGCGAGCGCCCCAUUCCCGCUGACAGACGAGCCGAAGAAUAUGCCCCUGGAGACCCUACGAGAGUUUAAACCAGCUAAUUCUAGAGCGCGACUUUCUAUCCUGACUCACAAUUCCAUCCUUAUCAGCGAGCACGGUUCUACUGUGCAGGCCGCAGAUGAUAUCGAAGACCUUGGUCUGGAAGAUGCAGAUUCUCGGGGACCCGUGUGGGCAGAAGAGAGUAUUUCUGGGUGUAUCUCCCAGAUAUCGCGUGAAGUCGGUGCUGGGACUAGCCAGCUGCCCAUCACGAUCAAUCCAUUUAUAACCGCAGAUACUAUCAACGGUUUUAACGGUUGUGUUGUGGACAGCAGUUUUGACGGAUCUAUGCUAGGACUAGGCAUGGAACAGAUUGGGCAUAUUGAUGACUGUAUUAUAGAUUUGCUGCGGCAAGGAGAACUGUUGCAGCAGGGAGCAUAACACGUGUAUGAUCAUGUGCAUGAGAAGUUAUAGUUGUUUCGGCUGUACCCACGUCGGAAAAUAGAAAAGAGGUAAUUUCGGAGUUGGGGGUUUAUGAUUGAAUUAUAUGGCCUAGUCCGACAUGUUGGCUAUAUCUUCUCGGACGGGAGUGAAGUUGGUAUGGAAUGUGUACUGUAAUGAACUCUACCUUUUAGUGACAAGAAC